UCAACGUCUUUAACAGCAAGUUGAUCCUCGAAUAGUGUUUUUAUCAGCUGUCUCGCUCUCUCGUUUUACUAUGUGUGGAUGCAUUAGUCCGAACCUUCGGUGUUUAACGUGAUUUCUCAAACGCGUAGUUUUUAUUUUUUAGUUUUUUUUCCUCUCGUAAUCUAGAAGUAACGGUCAGUGGAGAACCUGAGCAGGCUAGCUAACGUUAGCUAGCGAUCUGGCUAGCAGCACACGAGCUGAGCGCUGCUCAGUGGUGGGGGGGGCUUUUUGCCUACAGUGGCGUUUGAUGGAUCCGAGAAUCGCAUGGUUUCAACCAGAACAACGGGGACCCGCUAACAACCUGUGGAUGCAGAUCUGGGAGACGACGCAGGGAUUCGGGUAUUUGCACGUCAACAGCAGCUACUCCACAGGAUCUCAGAGCCUGAAAGCGACCGUGAGCGACGGGGCAUCGGGAGCCGUUCUUUGCAGAAACGGGACGCUCGACUCUCACAUCGGCGGUGGAGACAUCAAGGCUCAGAAUACCUCCACAGGGGACAGAGAGAUGACCGAGCAGCGGGACUUUAUACCACUUGACAACAGCAACCACAACAACCAAGCCGCGGGCAGGGGCGGUGCUGGUGGUGCGGGGCAGCAGGGCGGUGGGGUCUCUGUGGUUUGGAGGGGACUCACGGACGGACACCCUAAUAAAAGGAAGAGGGACAACAAAGCAAGCACUUUCGGAUACAAUUCCAGUCUUUUGAACAAUGACAGCGGCUCUAACACGGAAAGAUAUGAAGGUUACACGGGCACGCCUUGGAAAGUCAGGAACUACUCUGAAGGAGUUGUUGGCUUGCACGAGGAAAUCAAGGAUUUCUACGAGUACAUCUCUCCACGGCCAGAGGAGGAAAAGAUGAGAUUAGAGGUUGUGGACAGAAUCAAAGGAGUCAUCCAAGACCUGUGGCCCAGUGCUGAGGUGCAAGUCUUUGGGAGUUUCAGCACAGGCCUUUAUCUGCCAACAAGUGACAUCGAUCUGGUGGUUUUUGGGAAGUGGGAGACUCUCCCUCUCUGGACUCUGGAAGAAGCUCUGCGAAAAAGGAAUGUUGCACAUAAUGACUCCAUCAAAGUUUUGGAUAAAGCCACGGUUCCCAUAAUCAAACUUACUGACUCCUUCACUGAGGUCAAAGUGGACAUCAGUUUCAAUGUGAACGGAGGAGUCAAAGCUGCUCGGCUCAUCAAGGAAUUUAAAGAGAAAUAUCCUGUGCUGCCUUACCUGGUCCUCGUGCUGAAGCAGUUUCUCCUCCAGAGGGACCUCAAUGAGGUUUUUACAGGCGGAAUCGGUUCCUACACUCUCUUCCUUAUGGCUGUUAGCUUCCUGCAGCUGCAUAACAGGGACGUGUCCAGCCCCAACAUAAACAUCGGCGUUCUGUUAAUCGAGUUCUUCGAGCUGUACGGGCGCAACUUCAACUACCUGAAGACGGGCAUCAAGAUAAGUGACGGCGGUCGCUACGUUGCCAAAGAUGAUGUUCAGAAAAACAUGUUGGAUGGGUACAGGCCCUCCAUGCUCUACAUUGAGGAUCCCCUGCAGCCAGACAACGACGUUGGCAGGAGCUGCUAUGGCGCAAUGCAGGUGAAGCAGGCGUUUGAUUAUGCCUACGUCGUGCUCAGCCAUGCGGUGUCACCCAUCGCCAAGUACUACCCCAACAACGAGAAGGAGAGCAUACUUGGUCGGAUAGUCCGAGUGACUCAGGAAGUGGAUGAGUACAGAGAAUGGAUCCGAAAGAACUGGGACAGCCCGUCUCAGUACGAUCGUUCUCUCAACAGAAACGAUGUCAAAUUGCUGGAGUCCAAACAGCUUGACGAAUGCAACAACAACUUCCCAGACAAUGAGGUUGUGGUUCUGCCCUCAGCUCCCCACAGCAAAUCCUCUUCCAACACGUCCUCUCCGCUCCCAUCCCUGGGCUCGUCUCCUUCCUCCUCCCCUCUGUCUCCGUCUUCCACGUCCUCCAGCGACGCGGACUCUGAUGGUACACCGUGUAAGACAGUCAAACAACAGCCUGUCCGAAACUCUAGUACUCAUAGAGAAAAAUCCAACGUUGUCGGAAACCACCGGAUCCAGAACCACUCUUCCAGCACUCCACCUGCAAGCAGCAAAGGAGGAAAGGCCAGGACGACUCGUUCCAACAAAGGAGGCCACCACGGACAGCAGAACUUCCACUUCAGCUCUAAAAGUCAUCAGAGCAACAAGCCACACCAUCAAGGGAACAGCAAGAAGAGGAAAAACCUGCGAGAUUCCACUCAAGAGGACCUUUUCAGAUAGGGUUUCAUCUGUUCACCGAUAUCCUCACCCACAACCCCUGCAUCCCAUCCCUGUCUGCAACUGACUAUCCCGUCCCACUGCUGCUGCCAGAGGAGGGAGAUUGUUGGUAGUUUUCUGCAGAAUCGGUCACCCUUUUUUUAAUGAAUGGUGGCAAGUAUUUUCUAGCUGAAAAAGGAAGUGUUAUUGAACACAGGUCUAACUUAUAAACUGAAUCGAAAACAGACAUUCAUUUGCUUCCCAACACCUUCAGUUAACGGAGCGGGUUCCCUUCCCACAGCCAGCCUCUCGUGCCUCAAUCUGUCGAGGAUUAAACAGGUUGGAUGUCAGGAAUCCUACUCUGGACCAACUAAUGGAACUGCUGGCUGGGCGGGAGAAAAAAAAAGGAUUAAAAAUAUUGUUAAAAAAUACUUAAAAAAAGAAAGUAAAUUAGCAAAAAUGUACAAAAAUAUAAUGCUGAACAAUGAACACAGAUUUUCUUUUUAUAGCGGGUCACUUACAAACCAAUCAGUAAGAAUGGGAAAGAACUUAUGCAUGAUAUUUUUCUGUUGGUUGAUUCUUCUGUUUUGUUAUGCCUAAACAGAUUGUUCAGAAAUUUACACAAAAAGGAGCAUAUGCAAAAAAAAAAAAACUAAACAAAAAAAAACUAAACAACAACAGAAAAAAAAAACGAUUAACAGAAGUUUCAUAUGUUUUUACCAGAUUUCCUGAUUGAAGUCACAAACGUGCAAAUUAUUUUUCCUGUCCCUGUUUGGUUAAAGCCAAGAGAUGGUUUUAGAUUCCAUUGCCAGCGGAAAUCAUUAGCAUCCACUUUUACUCCUGGUCCCCCAGCCUCUAAUUGCGCUACGGUGUUAAUACUUAGCCGGGACAGAGGCGGGGCUUAGACUACGUCUCUAUAGAAGACAGAGUGGAGCUCAGUACCACUACCACACCAGUGUAAAGGCUUUAAAACUGCAGAUUUGAAUCUGUAUUUGUGAUUCAUUUUAUGAUAAACCCUACACUUGAAAUGUGUCAACCGUUAAACUAUGGGGAGGGGAUUCGUUUAUUUGGUAAUCUGCCUACUACAGAAUCGUUUGUAUUCAUUAAAUGUAUUUAUUUUUUUAUUAAUUAUAUGGACAUAGUAUGGAUAGAUGUAUAAUUAACAUUAGAGCCCAUAUCUUCAGGUCCUUUAUUCGAAAUGAAAAGGGAAGGUGGGGAGGGGUAGGAACAAACAUUCAGGUACAUUACUACAUCACCAUUUAUGAUUUCUGCUACUCUUUUCUUUUUUUAUUAGUAUUUCACUGACAGUUGAGUGACCAAGUUACCUUUAAUUUAAGAGACCAUUUUACAAGUUCUAUAAUGAGAAAUACUUUUUAAUUUGUGACUGGUCUAUUUAAAGUCAAAGGGAGCUGCUUUGCCAUUUGUUCAUUUUUUGUUGUCCAAAUGUAUCAAACUUUACAGCUGCAAACUUUUCAAAAUGUCUUUUCUCACUGCAGUUCAACAAAUAACCUGUAGAUGGAGUUAUGGCUCUGUGUCUCUAUCAUCUUUGGGCUUGUAUACUGCAUUGGAAUAGUUUAUUUAAUGAUUUUUUGAUUAGUAAUUGUUCAGUUUAAGUGCUCAUAUCCCCUCUGAAUGGGCAGCUGCACACAGAAUCACUCCUUUUUAGCAAACUACCUGCUUGGAGGGAGAGAAACACCAAAGCACAGCUCAAUUGCCUGAAACCAACUAUGAAUUUCAAACAACCAGCAAUAACCAUCGUCUUACAUUCUCUUCUGUUUUGCAUGUCAAAAUGAACUAAAGCACAUACUAUUCUCCUUACUGCCCAUUUAAAUUUGUGUUCAUUUUUUUAAAAAGUUCCACCCCUCAAAAUGCAGUAUAGAAGUGCAAGCAGGGCCUCUGAUGGCCGGAUCAGGAGGAAUGUGAACCAGAUUUGACGUGCCAUCUGAUUAUCACCUCACUUUAGAUGUCAGAAAGGCUUUGAACCCAGCUGAGCUCACCUAAAAUAAAGGUUAUUCCACUGCAGCUAUUACAAUUCAUGCAAUAAAAACAUUACCAUUC